ACAUAACAGCACCACUGAGCAACAUCACCCCAUUUUUGCCAUAGGUAGCCGAAACAAGGUACGUAAGAAUAAAAAAAUAAAACGGUGAGAGGAUAAAAAAUUAAAAAAAAAAUUAUAUUCAUUCAAAAAGAGUCAGUGACAAAUAAUUAAUAAAAUUUGAAAAUCAUUUUCUAGUUUAAAUAGGCAUAUGUAGAAGGUGUACAUGCGUAUAGAUGUUAUAGCAUAUGUACUGAGGCAAUCAUACUUCAUAGAAGAACAACCCGCAAGGACCUAAACAAUUUCGCCCCAAAGUAAACUCAAAACAAUGUCAGAAGAAGCCGUAGCCCUAGUAGUCGACAAUGGAAGUGGAAUGGUGAAGUCCGGAUUGGCCGGUGACGAUGCACCUAAGUGUGUAUUCCCAUCAAUUGUGGGAAGGCCAAAAAUGCCAAACAUAAUGGUAGGCAUGGAACAAAAAGAAUGCUACGUAGGAGAUGAAGCACAAAACAAGAGGGGAAUACUCACCCUAAAGUAUCCAAUAGAACAUGGAAUAGUAACCAACUGGGAUGAUAUGGAAAAGAUAUGGCACCAUACAUUUUAUAACGAGUUAAGGGUUUCUCCUGAAGAGCAUCCAGUCCUGCUAACAGAGGCACCUUUGAACCCGAAGACGAAUAGAGAACGCAUGACGCAAAUUAUGUUUGAGUCUUUUGACGUGCCAGCUAUGUAUGUCAGCAUUCAGGCCAUUUUAUCCCUGUACGCUUCUGGGAGGACAACGGGAAUCGUUCUGGACAGCGGUGAUGGAGUGAGCCACACCGUUCCAAUAUAUGAAGGAUAUGUCCUUCCGCACGCAAUCAACAGAAUCGACAUGGCGGGACGAGAUUUGACCUACCACAUGAUGAAGCUGUUCACAGAAAGGGGACACACAUUCACAACAACGGCAGAGAGAGAAAUUGUUCGAGACAUAAAAGAAAAAUUAUGUUAUAUUGCACUGGAUUACGAUGAGGAAUUAAAAAAAUCAGAGGAACAUUCCGACCAGAUAGAAGAAAUAUAUGAAUUGCCGGAUGGAAAUUUAAUAACCGUAGGUAGCGAAAGGUUCCGAUGCCCAGAAGCUUUAUUUAAUCCAACGCUAAUAGGAAGAGAAUGCCCAGGACUACAUAUCACUGCUUACCAAAGUAUAAUGAAAUGUGACAUUGACAUAAGAAAAGAACUGUACAAUAAUAUUGUUUUAAGUGGUGGCACUACUAUGUAUAAUAAUAUUGGGGAAAGAUUGACAAAAGAAAUGACUAACUUAGCUCCGUCUUCCAUGAAAAUUAAAGUUAUUGCACCACCUGAGAGGAAAUACUCCGUGUGGAUCGGAGGGUCGAUUUUGUCCUCAUUGUCCACCUUUCAGCAGAUGUGGAUAACCAAGGAGGAGUACGAGGACGCUGGGCCUAGCAUCGUCCACAGGAAGUGCUUCUAA